AUGGACUUGAAUGUCACCCUGGGCUUUAACAUCUAUAACAGUCUCUUCAGUGCAACGUGGACCUACCUCGCUUCUUUGGAGCUUCUCUCCACACAGGAAAACUUCAUCCCUAAUUACAAGUGUGAUGCCCAGAACAUUCCAGCAGCAGUCAUCAGAGGUCCAACUUCUGAUAUCAGUUUCACGGCAAUACUAUGUUCCUACAAGAUUCCAGUGUGCUGGAAGAAGGAUCUCCGCAGAGAGGUCCACAGGUUUCAGGAGAACAAACAUGGCCAGAGGGAAGAGGGCAUUGAACAGGGGUUGUUGCCAGAGGAGCAGGAGAAGGAGGAGGAGGCAGCUGUGGCAGAUGAGCCCAGCAUCCCAGACUGGGAGAGCCCACCCAACAGGGACCACCCUCUUUAUUGGUCCCCAGUGUUGAACUGUGAGGUUUCUGGCAUCAGAAUUGAAGCGAUUGCCCUUGCAGAGGACUUGAUAGAAGUGAUGCUAAUUUAUGGUUACCUUUCAAUGAUUAAUUAUCAUAUCGAAGGGACAGGCUUCCAGUCCAUGUUCCCAAAUGGGGUCCUUCAAUAUAUGGCGAUUCUCCAGUUACUGAAAUAUUUCAGCUGGACAUGGAUUGGUAUUAUUUCUCUGAAUGAAGAAAGCGCAGAAAUAUUUGUAAAGGAUGUGGUCCCCAUGUUUUCCCAGAGUGGUAUCUGCGUUGAAUUUAUAGAAACAUUCCCCAGAAUAUGUUUUUCAGAUGACUUCGAUAAAUUGAUGGCUGAAGGAGUUACAACAAUUAUUGCUGUCAUGAGAAGCACAGCCAAUGCAGUGGUCCUACAUGGUGAAUUUGAGACAAUAAUGGUCUUGAGAAUAUUGAUCCACUACUCAGAAUUUGGAGAGACCUCUGUAAAGACAAAAAUUUGGAUUAUGACGGCUGAGAUGGAUUUCACAUCCAUUUCCUUUCAAAGAACCUGGGACUUUGAUUUCAUGCACGGUGCAAUAUCUUUGGCGAUUCACUCCAAGCAGCCCCAGGGAUUCCAAAGGUUUCUUCAGAGGAGAACCCCUGCCUCACAUAAAGAAGAUGGCUUCAUCAGGGACUUCUGGCAACAUGCGUUUAAUUGUUUAUUCUCCCACUCAGAGGGGGACGAGAUGGUUGAGGGAGCCUGCACCGGUGAAGAGAAACUGGAGGCUCUUCCUGUGUCUGUGUUUGAAAUGAGCAUGACUGCCCACAGCUACAGUGUCUACAAUGCUGUCUAUGUCGUGGCACAUGCUUUGCAAACCAUACCUUUCUUUACAUUUAACCACAGAGCAACGAGGGGGAGAGGCAGACAGCCGCUCAUAGAUCAAGAACUGUAUCAGCUGCAGCACUUUCUCAGAUGGGUCUCCUUUAACAACAGUUGCGGGGAAGAGAUUGCAUUUGACCCAAAGGGUCAACUACUGGCUGGGUUUGAUAUUAUCAACUGGAUCACAUCUGCUAACCUGUCAUUCCUUAGAAUCAAAGUGGGAAAGGUAGACCCGAAGGCUCCUUCAGAGAGGAUGUUCACCAUUGACGAGGAUUCCAUUGUGUGGCCGAGCAGGUUUAAUAAGAGACGACCACUUUCUCUGUGCAAUAAUGGUUGUCUUUCCGGUUAUAGUAGAAUGAAGAAGGAAGGGAAACCUUUUUGCUGCUAUGAUUGCCUUCCAUGUCCAGAAGGGAAGAUUUCCAACCAGAGAGACAUGGAUGACUGUUUACAAUGUCCAGAAGAUCGUUAUUCAAACAAGGACCGAGAUUUAUGCAUUCCCAAAUAUAUAAAAUUCUUGUCCUACAGUGAAGCCUUGGGGAUAACUUUGACCAUGAUGGCUAUUCUUUUCUCUUUCAUCACAGCUUUAGUACUUGGAAUCUUCAUUAAGCACAGGGAUACUCCAAUAGUUAAAGCCAACAACCAGAACCUCACCUACACUCUCCUAGUUUCUCUCCUGCUUUCCUUCCUUGCCGCUUGCUUAUUCAUUGGCCAACCCAACAAAGUGACGUGUCUCCUUCGGCAAACCGUUUUUGGCAUCCUCUUCUCAGUGGCUGUUUCUUGUGUCUUGGCCAAAACCAUCAUAGUAGUUUUAGCUUUCAUGGCCACCCAACCAGGAUCCAGGAUGAGAAACUGGGUGGGCAAACGACUGGCUGCCUCCAUUGUUCUUUCUUGCUCCUUUAUUCAAACCACUAUUUGUGCUGUGUGGUUGGCAACCUCUCCUCCCUUUCCAGAUUUGGACAUGCACUCCAUGACUGAAGAAAUUAUUCUGAAAUGUAAUGAAGGAUCGGUCUCCAUGUUUUACUCUGUCUUAGGCUACAUGGGCUUUCUGGCCAUUGUCAGCUUUGUUGUGGCUUUCCUAGCUCGGAAGUUACCUGACAGUUUUAAUGAAGUCAAGUUCAUCACCUUCAGUAUGCUGUUGUAUUGCAGCGUUUGGUUAUCUUUUAUUCCAACCUACCUGAGCACCAAAGGGAAAGACAUGGUGGCUGUGGAGGUCUUUUCAAUCUUAGCCUCUAGUGGAGGGUUACUGGGCUGCAUUUUUCCCCCUAAAUGCUACAUUAUUGUGUUGAGACCCGAACUAAACAAGAGGGAGCAGCUAAUAAGAGUGAACAAUUAA